UUUCUUUUUUGACUACCACUAUAGAAUAAUUGAAUUGAAAAUACAAUAUAAUAAUAAUUCUUUGUAUAUUCUCUUCAACGCCUUAUCUCAUGGCUACGGUGGAUAUCCCAAGUGUAUCAACAGAAUGUUUUGAGCCCGCCCCGGUGACAGUAGAAGGCGCUGAAGCUCUAUCUGAAAGGCUCGAAAUCCAUGACGAAGCUUAUCAACUGUGCAAAGAAUAUCUGAAAGGACCUUGGGAAUCUGUGCCAAAACACGAAUUCCGGAUAUCUCUUUUGCAGGGUGGUCUCAGCAAUAAGUUGUACAUUUGUCGAAUUCCCGAUCGAUAUGGAAACUCGGGAAGUCAAUGUCCGUGUAUAGUCAUUCUCAGGAUAUAUGGUUUAAUAAUAAAGGAUUUUACAGCACAAAUUCAAGAAAGCGUCGUUUUCUCCAUUCUUGCGGAACGAAAAUUAGGUCCUAAACUUUAUGCUGUGUUUCCUGGAGGCAGACUUGAAGAAUAUAUCCCGUGUCGAGCAUUAUGUACCGAUGAUAUUCAGAAACCCAUUAUGUCCAGAUAUAUUGCUCAAAGAUUGUCAUGUUAUCACACCAUGUCAAUGCCAGUUAACAAACAACCGACCACCAUGAUGAAGAAACUACUGUUAUAUCAUGAAAAUCUCGUCCACGUACAAUUUGAAGAUGGCAGAAAGACAAAAAUGUUAAGACAAAUAUUAAGAUUUGAUAUUGCUUCUGAAAUAAAUUAUAUCAGAAACUUGGUACAAGACACAGAUUCCCCGGUUGUAUUCAGUCACAAUGACGUACAAGAAGGAAACCUGUUAUACCUGGAGGAAGCUGGUAGAAAUGCAAACCCGAUACGAAUGAUAGAUUUUGAAUACAGUUGCUAUAAUCACAGAGGAUUCGACAUUGGAAAUCAUUUCUGUGAAUGGAUGUAUGACUAUAGCUUCGACGAAUGGCCGCACUUUGUGUACAAGAUUGAAAACUAUCCCACUAAAGAUCAACAGACGAAUUUCAUCAAGGCAUAUAUUGAGGAGCAUUUUACAGCCUCAUCCACUACCACGCAUGACGAGAAAUGGACUGUUGCUUUCAUGAUUAGAGAAGCUAAUAGAUUUGCACUUCUUUCUCAUCUGUUUUGGGCUCUCUGGUCAGUAAUGCAGGCAAAGAUGUCAGACAUAGGAUUUGGAUACAUGGAAUAUGCUAUUGCACGAAUGGAUGCUUAUUUUAAACAAAAGUUACUCGUGGAGUAGACUACAGUGACUUACCGAAAUAUGCGUGACCAAACAAACAUUUCAACUCAGGCAUAUGAAAUUUGUCGAUAUCAACAAUAACGAUUCGACUAUCACAUGUUAAACUAAUAAUAAUUCUAACUGUUACGUGUUGAAUGGGGUACUAAAAAAGAUUUACAAACAACAAGUACAUAAUAUCUUUUUCGUAAUCGUUUUAUAUACUCUUCACUAGCUUUUCAUGUGUUUACUUCAAUGAAAAUGCACCAUCAUCAUGUUUUAAUGCAAUGAUCUAUUCAUGUGUUAUUAUUCCUUGUUUAAUACAUUCAAUUUUACUAUUUCAAAACGUCAACAAAAAUGUAAUAAAUAAAGACGAUCCUGUUUGUUUAAAUGAUUUUAAUUUCUGAAUAUAUUUGGUAUAAAAAUGCCCUUCGGUUCGUUUUUAAUUAAAAAUUCAGGGAUUUUAUCAUUAUUCAAUAUAGCUCGAAUGCGAACGAUUUUUCUAAAUGCCUCUCCUAAAAAGCAAUUUUUGCUACUAUAAAGCGAAACGAUUUUUUCUACUCUCAAUGCUGUUAUUGGGUUCUGCUCUUUCCAAAAACAAAGCCACCUUGUCAGUGUGUCUGUCCACCAAUGUGACGUAAUUACGAUGAAAGAGAUAAAUUAUGAGUACUGAAUAUUAUCAUGUUUUUAUCUCAUAUACUUCCUUUAAUUUUGAUACCUUGUGUGUCCUAUAUUGAACUUACAAUGUUUUAUUAUAAUUAUGCAUAAUGUUUGCAGCUUCAGUUUUAAUUAUUUUCUGCCUAUUAUAUAUUCAUUACAUUGUUUGUUGGAAAAAUCUAGCGAUGCA